AUGGCGCCCAAGAGACCGGACUUUGCGGAGAAUGUGAUCGGAGAUGACAACGUGGCGCUCGAAGGAUACAGCCCCGUGUCCAUCGCUCACGGGAAGCCUACCCUGGGGAAAGAGGACAUCACCACAACGGAGGGCGGGAUCAAGUACCGGUUCGCGAGCGAGGACGAGCUGCGCGAGUUCCAGCAGGACCCGAAGCGGUACAUACCGGCCUUCGGCGGGUGGUGCGCGUGGCACAUGUACGAGAACGAGAAGAUGCUCCCCGACUACGGCCACUGCAAGAAGGCGGAAUCCGGCGCGGAGCUGCUGUUCCACGCGGACGCGGAGGUGAAUUGCCUGGCCAUCUGGAACGAAGCGGCGGGAAAGCUCGGGGAGCAGCAGCUGAUGAACCGGGCGGAGCAGAACUGGCAGCACUACAGGGAGGCGCAUGGUCGGGGAGACAACCCGGAGGAAGCUUGA